UCCGAUCAUAUGGACAGUUAUGUCCUAUCGUAUGGUUUUCUGCGCAGGAACGCAUAAGGACACACAUCGGUCGGCAUACCUCGAUCCUGAUCACAACAUGUUAUUUGGCGGUAUCAGGACCACAUCAUUGCAAGUUCCUCGGGGUGGAAAGAGACGUACAGGGAAGUCAAGGAACGUUUUUACUAGAAAGCACCAAUAUCAUGACCAACGGCCAGAGAAUGACGGCGGAAGAGGUCAAAAAGGCAACGAUGGCGACCCUUAGAGCCGAUCCGGCGCUGUGGGCGGCGUACAAUCGUGGAAGGGCGGACCAGGCGGCGGAGGUACGUCGGGUCUUGAAUGUGGCACCGACGACUCUUCCGGAAACGAAACCGGUGGCCACAACACCUGCCCCUCAGCCACGGACAACUUCCACUCCGACGCCAAAACCUUCCACUCCGGAACCACCAAUCCGUUGGGUGAAACCGGUCUCAGGACAACCAUUACAUCCGAGUCGGCUAACGGCUGAUUCACAUCCAUCGACGACGGAGUGGACGGGUAUGCCGUCAAGGGUGGCGUACCAAGGCCGCUUACCGUCAUCGCUCGCUCUGCCGAAAACGAAACCGGGGUCACUGGAACCUUGGCCAGCACCGACACCGGCAUUGGCCAACAGCGAGGAUCCAGGGAGGCCAGCAUUGUCCAACAAGGCCAUCCGGAAACGUCAAAGGGAUGCAGAGCGUCGGGCGGAGUUCAAGCGCCGCAAGUCGAAGGAGGCACGAAAGAGGAUGGAGCUAGCAACUUCCGGUUCGGAAACGCUUCGGGAAUUAGAUUUUUAGUGCAUUUUUCAAAAAGCGAUUACGCUGGCUGACUUAACAUCACGUAUACCUCCACUACUACUUCUACAUUUUUAAUCGUGGGAACCUUUAUAAUCUAUAAAACUUGUUAUGUACGGGUAUGUUCCUGAUAUACAAAUAUAUAUAUAUAUAUAUAUAUAUUUUUAUGUAUAGCAUAUAAUAUAGUGUGUAAGAAAUUUCUGGAUACAUUAGACUUAAAAGACGAUUGACCUGUGUAGCUAAAAAUGUGAAAAAAGUUUGGAAAAAUUGAACGAGUAGGGUAACUCGGCACUUAAUAAUAUACCUAUGUAUUUUAUAAGUGAAUAUUUAAUGAAACAUCCAAUUAUGUAGUCGGAUUGUAUGUACGUGUCACGGUCAACCGAGGGACUAUACCGGUUUGUUCCCGUACCGAUAAGUAUGAUGGAUGCUUUUAUACAGUUAAACUCCAUACUA